GUAAUGGUCAUGUAGCCCCCGGACAAAGUUCAUCGAUGACAUAUUCUGCCACGUGAAGGCCUACGCGUACACAUGUGUACCACAUCUUGUAAUACCCGCGACUCGUUCCGAUCACCACCUGGCUAAUUGGCAGCCAUUCUAAUUGGCCCCUCUAGCGCUGUACGGCACCAGCUUUUUGUAUGUUCAGAUAUGAGGAGGUUGCCGAGUGGUAACCUUCAGUGGUAUAAAGACAUGACCAGCUUCCAAAAACCGCCAUAUUCAAGAAGCCUCCACUGCCUUUAUCUCAGAUAUGGAUACAUUGCCUCAAUUACCGCGGUCUUCCUCGUCAUACCUCUGGGAGCAGGACUCACACGUUGACGUUAGUUUUUACGAUGGGCGGUUCACCAGCAUCAGUGAAUCACAAACUCUACCUCGAGUGUUUGAUUAUUCUCCACCGAUGAAUAUGGUGCAUAGUCAUCCAGGUUCACAGGAAUAUUUCCAUGUGCCGCCCCUGAUCGACAUCAGAGCUUCGGAAACCUUGUCCCACCAUUCUUCGGAAAACUUUCCAUGCAACUCACCGUCAGCACCCGAUCAUUGGCAGUACAGAUGUUCGCUCCUACCGGGCCAUGAAUACCCCACAUCCGACAACUACAUGUAUGAAUCUACUCAAAGCGAGUGGACGACAAUGCCAUGUGAUACUAAUCCACCGUGUACGCCGUUCGUCCUGGGCCCCCCAUCUCCUUCAGUACUCCCAGAAUCACACGUGCCUCUUUCUGUUGACGGUCGAGAACUACAUUACGAAGAUAGGGCAUCUGAUGUCGAACUUUUCUGCUGCCCGCUGCCAUCAAGUGAUGGAACGUACUGCAAUGCACUGAUCCCGUGCAACGAAGCCGACAUCACGACGCAUUUGCGCAGCGUCCAUGCGCUACGUUCGAAGCGUCUUGAAGUUAUUAGUUGUUUGUGGUCUGGAUGCAAGUGCCGCAUGCAAGCAGCGAGCAUUCCUCGUCACAUAAUGACGCUUCACGUCAAGACACGUUUCCAAUGCUCGUAUUGUGGCAAAAGUCUUACGCGAAAAGACGGAAAGUUGAAGCACGAAAAAAUUUGUCAUGGAAAGCCGUGACGCACUUCCACUUUCUUCGGGCUAUUGAUCAACCAACUUCAUGUAGUGCUUCAUCUAAUCCAAUUUAAUUAAGAUUCUCUUGUAUACUAAUCACAUCUUCUCAAUUUUAUACCACGCAACUUUUUUUGGAUAUUUGAACUUUUAUACAUGUACAAUCCCUCCGGGGGCGCCUUGUUUAGUAGAAAUAUUUCGUGUUGACGAUUGCAAAGUUGCCCGGGUUAUGCCCGGGAUUGUCA